UAAUAUAAAUCUAAAUAAAUAUAUAAUAACGGAUAAAUUUAGAAAAAGAUCUUGACAAAAGUACACUCUAAACAUCCCUUCAAUAAAUCCGCACUCUAGAAAAACCCCCUGGCCAUCUGGAUUCCCCCAAAAAGGGAGAAAUGUUCAAGUUGGCAUCACUCGCCCAACGCUCUGUCUGAUGUAUCUCACAAAUUCUGACAGUAGUCAAUGCCACAAUUGCCACACAGCAGUCAGCACACUCCACACUCCACGUGAAACGUUAACAAGGUAAAGCUCAGCUGCUUACAGCCGCCACUACUAAGUACUAACUGCUGUUGGUUACCGAAUACUGUUAGUUCGUCAGGCGUGUGCACUUAGAAAAGUAAUUAGUAUGCCGUCAACUCACGUAACACAUUUGUUUACAUUCUACAACUAAAAGUUUCUACCACAUAACAUUUAUUGUUAAAAGACUGUCUUGUUAAUAUUUUGUCAAUUAAUACUUAGAUUUAAGAACUUUUAGUGUACCUUUCCGGAAGAAAUACUUAGAGGAAGAGAAAAGUAAGAUAUAACUUAAUUCGCCUUUCAAUUGUAUGGUAAUGGAGAAUCCACCCCAAGACCCGUCAUUGCUUUUUUUUGGUAAAGAUCCUGGAGCUGCUAAAUUUGGUAAUUUUAUAAAUUACUACUCCUUCCACAGUGUAAGCGAGAGACUUCAAAAUCUUCAUCAUGAUAUGUUUCCAAUACUUACAAACACAUCACCAAUAUUAAUUAUGGAUAUUGGAUGUAAUACUGGAGAACUUACAAUUCAACUAUACCGAUAUUUGGAGUCUUUAUAUCCCAAUACGGAAAUACACAUUCUAGCACUUGACAUAGAUCCUAUAUUGAUUGAAAGGGCUAGUAGAGAAAUUCAGAACAUAAUGUUUGUCUCUUGCAAUAUUAUUGUAGAUAGUGGAAAAAAGAUAAUUACUGAGUACCUACAAAAAUUCAACAAAAAAUCUUUUGAUAUAACUUUUUGUUUCUCAGUCACAAUGUGGAUUCAUAUAAACAAUGGAGAUGAUAAGUUUAUUGAAUUUUUAAGUUUCCUCAAGUCUUCUUCUAAUUGUAUAAUAAUUGAGCCACAACCAUGGAAAUGUUACAAAAAUGCACAAAGGAGAAUGAAAAGAGCUGGAGCAAGUGAUUUUGAAUUGUUUAAUUCUUUAAAAUUUACAAUAAAUAUUGAAGAUGUCAUAGAAAAAAUAUUAUCUGACAAAACACAUAGAAAAGUUUACCAAUCUGAUUCAUCUUCUUGGAAAAGAAGAAUUCAAAGUUAUCUUGUAAGAGAUUGCUUAUAAUGAUUAAUGAAAUUUAAUUUAAUUUAAUGAAAUCAUCCUUCUACCAUUAAGUCAUAUUAUUUUCACAUGUUGAACAUAAUUUAGUUUGUUUACAAAAUACAUGGAAUACAAUACAUGCUUUGGGUUUUUA